AUGUCAACCUCGCACCCUUACUAUCCCGUGGGCGCAGAGAUCCCAAAUUACAUCCCGAACGAAUUGGGUGCUCUAACGCUGUGUUCGAUAUUUGCUGUCGCGUCCAUAGCGGUUCUGGUCAUCUCCAGAGCCGUCGCGAUAAGACUCAAUCCUCAGAUUAGUUUUUACGAAUACGCAAAAGUAUUCUGGUUUUCACUAUGUUCGCCGAUUCAUUUCGUCCUCGAAGGCUACUACGCCCGUAAUUUCGCUACCCUCCAGGGAUCUCUCGACCUCCUCGCGCAGUUGUGGAAAGAAUACUCCUUAUCUGAUUCUCGGUACCUCACCUCGGACGGUUUCACCAUGUGCAUGGAGUCCGUGACAGCGUGGUGCUGGGGCCCGCUGACCCUCCUUCUUGCCUACUUUACCAUCACGGACCAUCCUUUCCGGCACCCUUUGCAAAUCAUCGUCUCAACCGGACAGCUCUACGGCAAUGUGUUGUAUCUGGGGAUUGUUGCUUUCGACGCCUCUGUUUAUGGACUGCAGUACUCACGUCCUGAGGACUAUUACUUCUACGGCUACUUUGUGCUCUUGAAUGGUUUCUGGAUCGUCAUUCCCAUCUUGCUUAUUGCCGAAAGCGUGAGAGCUUCCGCAAAGGCGUUCGCCGAGUUGCAAAGGCUGAAGACGGCUGGUGUCAAUGGGGAUGCGAAAAAAAGGACUUGA